UAUUUCCCCGCGACACACACAACACUUCAUGUGCCGCAUAGAGCUGCUGUCUGUGGCGGGUUCAUACGCUACUGCAGCAUGGCGAAACCCCGUGGGUUCGAGUUUUGGAGGAGCACUCUGAAGGGUGCACGCUAUGUGGUGGCGCCCAUGGUGGAGCAGAGCGAGCUGGCCUGGAGGCUCCUGAGCCGCAGACACGGCGCAGAGCUCUGCUACACUCCCAUGCUGCACGCACAGGUGUUCGUCAGGGAUGCCAACUACCGCCGAGAGAACCUGUACAACGAGGUCAACCAGGAGGACCGACCCCUCAUCACACAGUUCUGUGCCAAUGAUCCUGAGGUGUUUAUCCAGGCUGCUCUACUUACCCAGGAUUACUGCGAUGCCAUCGAUCUGAAUUUGGGUUGCCCUCAGAUGAUUGCGAAAAGAGGCCAUUAUGGUGUGUUUCUUCAAGACGAGUGGGACCUUCUUGAGAAAAUGAUUAAGCUGGCCGAUGAAAAACUCUCUGUGCCCAUUACUUGCAAAAUCCGGGUCUUCCCAGAGAUUGAUAAAACCGUGAAGUAUGCCAAAAUGCUGGAAAAGGCUGGAUGCCAGCUCCUCACAAUUCAUGGGAGAACUAAAGAUCAAAAGGGGGCUUCGACGGGCAUUGCAAGUUGGAAGCACAUCAAAGCUGUACGGGAGGCUGUAAACAUUCCCGUUUUUGCCAAUGGAAACAUCCAGCACCUGAGUGAUGUUCAGCUAUGCAUGGAGGAGACUGGAGUACAAGGUGUUAUGAGUGCAGAAGGGAAUCUCCACAAUCCUGCCCUGUUUGAAGGCCGUAGUCCACCUGUGUGGGAGAUGGCUGAGGAGUACCUGGGGGUUGUGGAGAAACACCCACCCUGCAGUCUGUCUUACGUCCGUGCUCACAUCUUCAAACUGUGGCACCACACCUUACAGAUACAUCAAGACCUGAGGGAGGAGCUGGCCAAAGCGAAAAACGUAGCUGGGAUUGCCGAGGUCAACAGACAACUGAAACAACGUUGCCAGCAGGAGAUGGCUAAAGAUGAAUCAGAAUGGACUCGGACUGGACUUCCCUUCCCUCACUGGAUCUGUCAACCCUACGUCAGACCACCGCCCAAGGAUCCAAACACUGAAAAUGGGCAGAGAGCAUCAGAAACCAAAGCUGUGAGUGUGAAGAGGGCGCUGGAGGACAGCGAUGCACCCAACGACUCGCUCUCCAAGAACAAGCAGAAGAAGAAAGCCCGCAACCCCCACAAGAACUUCUGUCCAGAGCUGAAGCCUAAAUACAUCAAGUGUGAGCAAUGUGGAAACCCUAAAGGUAAUAAAUGUGUGUUCAACUUGUGCCGUGGCUGCUGCAAGAGGAAGGCUUUCAAGGAAGUGGCUGAUUGUCUGGGCCAUGGAUUGAGAUUCAAAACCAAGGCUUUAAAACAGUCUAACUCUGAUACAGGUGGUGGGCUGACGAAUGGGAAUCCCAACAGUCAGACAGUUUCCACUGCAGCCCAUGAUCCUUUGUAAAGCAGACUGUACUGGAUGUGGACAACAGUGACGUCUGAAAACACAUUGAACUGGUUUACCACUUAACAUUGCUGCACUGAAUUAGAAGUACAGGACUGCAUUUGAGGCCAAACCUG